AUGGAGGGCGGCGAGCCGGGCGGCGGCGGGGGGCUCCUGCAGCAGAUCCUCAGUCUCCGCCUGGUGCCCCGCGUGGGCAACGGCACCACCACCUACUCCAGCCCGCUCUCCACCUUCCCAGAGAUGUGGUAUGGCGUCUUCCUGUGGGCCCUCGUCUCCUCCCUCUCCUUCCACGUCCCGGCAGCUUUGCUAGCGCUCUUCACGCUCAGGCAUCACAAGUACGGCAGGUUCAUGUCCGUGAGCCUCCUGCUGAUGGGCAUCGUGGGACCCAUUACCGCCGGCAUCCUAACAAGUGCUGCCAUUGCUGGAGUUUACAGAGCUGCGGGGAAAAAAAUGAUUCCCUUUGAAGCCCUCAUUUUAGGAGUGGGCCAGACAUUCUGCGUGGUAGUGGUUUCGUUUCUACGGAUUUUAGCCACUCUCUAGCUCUUCUUCAGACGCUAGAGAUCACGCAUCGAAGGAAGAGCCAAGGAUCUGCCGCCUGCGCCGUCUCUGAAACAAAUCACGAGGCAGCGCAACUCGAGGCGUGCCUCGGUGUGUGCUUUCCCUACUGGUUAAAGGAUACGCGAAGGCCUGCUCCUGCCUCCAGCGUGGCUUGAAAUUAAGCUAAAAAUUCUGAAUUUUGUUACUUUUUGGUAACAUUAAGUGCCAAGUGAAACUUUAUUUCUCUGGAGGAUAGGAAAAUGGCUUCCGGAGGAGGAGGCCCACAUACCUUUUACCAGUGAUGAAUUGUAGCAACAGGACCUAACUAAGAAGUGACACCGGCUGUUCUGGGGUAGAAGUAGUACUAGAGAGUGAUGUGAUGUCUUCAGAGCUCGCUUAAUGCUUUGACCUCUUGCUGCUUUAUUUGCAGUGAACCUGAAGCUCUUUUAAUGUGAAUUUUUUAAAUGAGAAAAUGAAUUUGUUUUCUUCCUCGCCCCAACUUCCUAAUACCAGGGCUUCGUCAUAGUGAAUUUGGGAGCAGCGAAAGGAAAAAUCAUUUUAGACAGAUGAAAGUGCAAAUUUGGGGCCGAGAGCUGUGGCUAUGAAUGCUGCGGCAGGGGAAAUAACCGGCGUAAAAAGGAUCGCUAUUCUUGUGAAUUUUAUUAUGGUGAAGCUCUUCUGGCACUGCGUACCUUUGGCCCGAGAGGCAAAGCACGGCUGAACGGGCACUAGGCCCUACUGCCCAUGCUAGCAAUCCCAGGGCGCGUGUGUGAGCGUGCAGUUGCUUCUCAAACUCUGAAGUAGACUCGUAUUUUUAAACUUCU